GCCAGCCAAUCCGAAGGGAGGAAAGGGGAGAUCAAAGCAGAAGCAGCUGGAGAAGGCCUGAGCAUCCAUCCCCGGGAAGCCCCUUGGCAGCAGAGAGAGAGAGAGAGAGCUCUGCGGUGCAGGAAUGGACAACUUUUUGUCUCUCCGAAUGAAGUUGCAUGACAUCUCCCAUCAGCCUUUGUCAGCAUAGCUAGUGGCCAAUAGGACUUCAGUUCAGAAGAACCAUUAAACAUGCAAUCAAUCAGAAAGGGCUUAACCAUCAAGAUUUGUGAUCGAAGAAGAGGAGAAGUGGGACUUUCAUAGCUAAAAAAUCUUUGUUGUUCAAGACACCAGUCAGUAAAAAACAGGACAGAAAACACUUGCUCAAGAUGAAUUACAGCACAUCCACUGUAAACACUUUGUAUCGUGGUGGUACUACCACUUCUGAAUCAGACCCUGGGACAACUGUAGAUGGGACUAGCUCAGAAACAACGACCAUGACACCUGAAACUAGCACCUUUAACAGCACCAAAAUCCCUGAAGUUGCUGGCAAUGGUCCUGGCAUGGGGACCAUGCUGCUUUCCUUUGGCAUCAUCACUGUGAUUGGACUGGCUGUUGCAAUGGUUUUGUAUAUCAGGAAGAGGAAACGACUGGAGAAGCUACGGCACCAGCUCAUGCCCAUGUACAACUUUGAUCCUGCUGAAGAACAAGAUGAGCUGGAGCAAGAGUUGCUGGAGCAUGGCAAAGAUGCUGCUUCUCUGCAGGCCUCUCAGAACAAGACAAACCAAGGGGUGCUCCAGAGACCUAAUCGCCUUGUGUUCACAGAUGUUGCAAAUGCCAUCAAUGCAUGAACAGUGCUUCCUCAAUUUGAGACAUGAGAGAAGAAUGCCAACCAAUUAGCAACUUAACAUGGAUGAUGACCUUUUCUUCUGGCUGGGAGAAAUUUCUGUGAACCAACAUAUUUCAGAAACGUAAACACUGUUGGUGCUUCUGUUGCCAUUCAGGUGCCCCACAUGACUACACUCUAAGUUUGAUUGGUAACACUGAUACCAUGCUGUGUGCAAUAGAAGAUGUGAGGGUAUUUGUAGAUUAAUUGGUCAGAAUAUUUAUAGUGACAGUUAAGUGAUGGAACCCAGAGAAUCAAUUUCUUAGACCUUCCUCUCUUGGGUUGUUAUGAGAGUAUCCUAACUACAGAGUUCUGCAGGCAGACGUAAACCAGUGCAUACAAUAGACUGAAAAGAUGACUCCCAUUGCCUGUUAUGUGAGAUUAACUUCCUGUCUGGGAGCCUGCGCAACUGUUUGUUGCCAUAAACACAAAAUGUCAUCUCAGGGCAUCUGUAGGGGCAACUGGUUGUUCCACCUGAUGUUCCUAAUGUGUAGUAGAAGCUGUCCUUAAGCAUGAUCACAAGGUCCAGAAAUGAUGCUUUGGAGCCUUAUAAUUGGUUUUUCCACUACCAGUAACUACAGUAGUUGCUCUUAGGGAAGUUAUAAGUUUGGGAGAUGCUGCUGUUGAUGGUGAUCAGCUUCUGUGUUGUGUGAGGUGCAGGGAGAAGAACUUUUAUUCAUCAAAUCCACCAACCCUUCUGAGCACUAAUUGAUACUUAGUCUUGGAAGUAAAUAUCUUAGAAGUAGGACCAGCAAUAUUCGCACGUAGAUUCAAGGUCAUUCACCAGAUCCUUCUUCAUCCAAGGACAGGGAGUCUUGGUUGAAGAGCAAUCAUUUAUGGAUGAAUACUGGGUCCACAUGCAUGUUCUCAUGUAGACAUAACAAUCAGAAACUAAUUGUAUAUGUAACAAUCAGAAACCAAUUCUUUACACAGAAUGUGUAAACCUGCAUUUGUUUGCUACCAGGGGUCUGCUACAUACGUACAUAUAUAUUCCAUUUUAAAGUAGGCAAGAACAUUGCAAACAAAGCAAAAGAAAAAAAGACAGGGUGAUGUUGUACUUCUACCGACUUAUUUUGACCUUAGUUGGCUUGUCUAGUUUUCCAUGCUUAAACACCCUCCCCCCAACAUUUGGUGACUAUUUAAAGCCAGAUUUAAAGUGAAUUACCUUCCAUUCCUUUAAAAACUACGUAUUUAAUGUUGCUUUCCCAUUUGUUGUGGAAGUUGAUAUGUUAAUUAAUUUAUUUAUUAAGGUAGUUGAAAUCCUACCUUUCCAUUAAAAAAAAGAUGGUGCCCAAAUGGUUAGCAGCUGGGUUUUCUUUCACUCAAGUUUUGGCAGGGAGCAUGGGGCCAAGAUUAUAGUUAUACAGGUGUGUAGUGGUGUGUGUUGAGCUCAGAACUCCCACACUAACUUUGUACCAGAAUCUCUCUGUACCUUAGAGUUUAAAGAAACAUUCAGAUCUUUCUCACAGAAGCUUAUGAUGCUUGCUUCACUUCACUUCCCACUGAUAGCUUACAAACUCAGGAAACUUGCAGCACCAGUCAGCUUUGCUUUAGUUCAUUACUGCAUCUUUUGUAGUAUGCUUAUGGUUCUGCCCAAGCCCUCAGGUUAUUUAUUUAUUUAUGUAUUUAUUCAUUCAUAUUUUAAAAUUCAGUGUCUUUCCAUUUUUACAUUGGAGGAGGCAAAGAAAGUCACCAUUACAUUAAAUAGCUAUAAUGAAUUAGUAAGAGGGAGAAGCAUGGCAAGCAUAAUGAAUCAUGAAAGGGAAAAACAAUGCUGGUUUUGGACCUUCUUUGUGGGAAGUGUUUGUUGUUCUCAUAUGUCAACAAUAUGGAAGGAGGGAGGCAACAAAUCUCAUACUUGGGAGCUGGUAGGUUAAAAUCCCUUCUGUUAACCAUGAUCACUGUGAAAAUCAAUGUCUUAAGAAGACAUAAGCAACACAUUCUAUUCUGUUCCUUCUCUGAAUGCCCCCCUCCAGUAACGUGUAGCAAACAGUUUAUAAUGGGGGAAGUGGCACAUUCAAGCAGAAAAAAUUAGAUGGGGGAAAGGAACUGCUGGCUCAUGGAUAGCCUGAUCCAGCUCACAGAGAGUCCAAGGAGUGCCUCACUCUGUUCCUAAAGGUCUGCCCCUGGAGCGAGAUUCUUGAACUGUGUCUCAGUGCUAAGGCUCAAGAUAAUGUACUGUAAGUGAAGAUGUUUGUGGGGAGUUAACUAGUUUUGUGCUGUUGGAAACCCAUCCAAAAACCAUUGGAGGAGUGGUGAGGCAAGUGCAGUCUGAUGCAAGCAGGGUUUUAUGCUGAGAGGUAUGAAGUGGUUUGCUUGUUGAUGUUUGUGAGUGUGUGCGUGCGUGCAUGAGAGAGAGAGAGAAAGAGAAUAUAAAUUUGUAUAUAUAUAUAUGCCUAUAUCUUGGCUCUUCUCUUUUGUGCUCCUAAUGCAGCUAAGAAAAGCACCUCCAUCCUAGUUUUGUCAGUCUCUUCUUGAAACUGAAAUGGGAAACAGGACCCCCUCCCCCUUGUCACCAUCCAUCCAUCAAUCAUAUUCUCAACCCAGUUUCUCUUUCCUCCUUGCUUAAGAGUGCUUGUUUGACAUAUUUAUUUUGUGCAAGAGCAAGGCUUUAAAUCACAUGAGACUGGAUCUAUCUGACAGAUGCAAGACACUCAGCUGUCACUCUGAUGAGUUAGUGGUGUGAUCUAUGCAAUGCAUGCAUCUGUAUAUCAGUGCUAUGGGUGUAUUGUCACUUAAUGGUUUUAUCAAUGCAUGCAGUUUGUCAGUCAGAAGUGGAGUCUGCUCUAGGCCUGCAAAAUGAUUGUGUGGAGAUCUAUUAGACACUUGGCUGGCUGUGUGAAUGUAUGCCCUGCCUAAUUCCAUAAAAUGGAACUUCUGUUCUGAUUUCAAUCUUCUUACUCAUCGUCUUGCCUUUUGCGAUAUAUAUAUAUAU